AUGGAGGAGCAAGGCAAGAUCAACAAAGAUAUUGUCACUAAGUUCAAGGCUAUGGACAAGAUUUUGGAAAAUAUUGAUAGCAAGGUGACAGAGGUUGGAAGUUCAAACCACCAAGAGAUGAACACAAUGAAGAUGCUAGAGACUCAAGUUACACAGUUAGCUGGGCAUUUUACAAGCAAUGAAGAAACAUUGCCGGGACAACUUAGGAAUUCAGAGUCAGCUAAAGCUGUUCAAACUCGCUCAGGCAAAGAAACAGAAGAUCAUGAACGUCCGACGGGAGCUUGGAAGCCUAAACUAGCUACGAAGCCUAAACUAGCUACUGACGCAGAGAUAACUUCAAAGGAAAAGACACCUACCCCAGCUCCAGAGAUUGAUACAGAAGAGCCAGAGUUUGAGAUGGUUGAUCAAGAUGACAUCGCGAUUCUGCUAGGAAAGCCACGCCAUCAUCUAGGUAAAACUGACAAACAGACUGAAAACUUUGUUGAAGUUAUGCGCAGGUUGAACAUCAAUAUGCCACUACUGGACACUCUACAAGUUCUAACCUACGCUCACUACUUCAAGGAUAUACUAACGAACAAGCAAGAGAUCCUGCAGUUCACUACAGAUCACAUCAAAAUGGUGGAAGAGUGUAGUGCUGCAAUCACUAAUCAAGCUCCCGAGAAGAAGAGAGACCCGGGAUGCCCAACUAUUCCAUGUUCAAUUGGAGCGCUGAUGUUCGAAAGAGCAUUAUGUGAUCUUGGUGCAAGUGUGAGCAUCAUGACUAAAGCUGUGCUCGAGAAGCUACGCCUACUGGAGCUAGAACCAACUACUAUGUGCCUGGAGUUGGCGGACAAUACCGUUCAUUAUCCUGAAGGCAUUGCUGAAGAUGUACCUGUGAAAAUCGGAAAUCACUUUGUCCCUGUUGACUUCGUGAUACUGAAGAUGGGAGAAGGAGCUAAAUCCCCACUCAUCUUGGGAAGGCUGUUCCUGAAGACUGCAACAGAAAGCAUAGAUGUUGGGAAGGGUAAGAUCAAGUUCGAUAUUAAUGGCACUAUGAGCACGUUCAAGUUUCACCCACGCUUUGAGGUAUGCAACAUGAUUUUUAGCAAGUAUAUACCACCACACCAUCGUCUCAAGCAGGAGAAGAAUAAGAAGGCAAAAGAAAAGAAGCUAGUAGAAAAUGUUGCUAUCAUUCAGAAGAAGGAAGAACGCCAACCUGUGAAGACCAAAAAGAUAGUCAAGCCCGUGCCUGCAUCGAAGCCAAAGAUGGUAAAGAAGUGGGUGCCAAAGACUGCAGUGCCGACACCGAGCACUGGUCCGAAGUGA